CUCUCUCUUUCUCUCACUCACUCAAUCCCCACUCUCUCUCCGCUCUGGUCUUUCCUUUCACGAUAACAACUCCUCCUUCAAUCGAACAAAAAUUUACAAAAAAAAAAAAAAAAAAAAAAAAAGUCCGUGAAGAGAAAGUCGUUGAUACUAAGAUUUCAAAACCUUUAUCCUCAGUUUUUUCACAAAACAAAUUAAAGUAAAGAUUUCUGGCAUAAAAAAUCUGACCUGAUCGUGACAGUACGCACCGGUAGUCAUAUUAUCCGGUAUUAUUAUUCUCUUUAUACUAAAUAAACCGGAAUGUCAGAUUCCGUCGACAUUUCACUGGUUACAACUUCUAAGAUCAUUUCAGACAAUAAGGUCUAAUAAGACACCUUUCGUAUAUCCUCCUCUUAAAGGAUUAAAAAAAGCUGUCUUUCUUUUCUUUUGGUUGUUUGUUCUUUCUUUAUCAUCAGUUACAACUUUUACCUAUUUCAUCUUGAUCUCGAUUUUCGAAACUCAUUCGUAUUAUUAACUUUUACUGAGAAUUAGAUUCUCUUAUUCUGUGCAGCUUUUUGUUUUUCUGGCUGGCUGGAAUCUAGUUGGUUAAAUUUUCUGAUUGAUUGUUCAUUUGAAAGUAUAAAUUCAACUUUUUUUUUCUUAUUUGUACUUUCAAACUCAUAGAUUUUUCUUUUUUUAUUUUUUCUGUGGCUUUAAUUUAGUUCUUAUCUUUCUACUGUCAUCUUGUAUCACUGUAGCUUGUAUAAUUUUCAAAAAUUCCUCUUGCAUUUUUUAUAAAUGUAGGUUCAUUGAUUUAGGGUUUUUAGUCGAUUUUGUAUCUGCUUUUAUGUGCAAUUUCUGAUUUUGAGGUCAAUGUUCGGAUCCAAUAUAUCUGAAAUCUAGGGUUUUGUAAGUCUCUAUUCUGUCUCGAAUUUGUUUAUGUUUUGCUUUUUGUUUUUAUAGAAGCUAUAACCGAUUAGUUUUGUGGUUUUAUGUUUACCUUAUCAGUUAGGAACUUAGGAUGAAUAGUACUCAGAAAAUAAGAGGAGCAGAUCUUGAAACGCCUUUCCCUGGAUGCAUGGGUAGGAUGAUUAAUCUCUUUGAUUUUGGGCCUGGCAUGACGGGGAACAAGCUUCUCAUUGAUAAAGAACAUCAAAAUGCUCCUAGGGGUCGACCGGAAGUGAUAAAGAAGACGUUGGAUCCUAUAGGAGAUCAGAUAGAGGAGAAGCAAAUAGGAUGUGAGUUGAAAAGGUCUCCUUCAAAUACAAAAUAUAAUGGAACACCCAUGAAGACGCUUAUAGCACAAGAAAUGUCUAGAGAAAAUGGGUGUAAGCAGAAUCCACCCAGUGUCGUUGCCAAGUUGAUGGGGCUUGAUACGCUCCCAGAGCGGCAGCCAAACUCAGCAGCACAAAGAAGUCAAUCAAAUGGUUAUUGCCGAAAUGCUUUUUCGCAACCAGGAACACCAAAUAGAUAUAUGCAGCAAGAUAAUGAUUUCUUGGAUAGGCGAAGGCCAAGUGAGAUUCCCCCAUACCAGGAUCAUUUAGAAUACAAAGAUGUAUACGAAGUCUGGCAAAAUUCUCCAAAAUCUUGUUAUGGUGAAGAUAAAUCGCCCCAGAGGGGAAGACAUAAAGAAAGGCAAGAUGAGAAAAAGAUGGCCCUAGUUCGUGAGAAGUUCAUUGAAGCAAAGCGCAUGUCUAUGAACGAAAAACAUCGACAGUCUAACGAGUUCCAAGAGGCAUUGGAGUUCUUGAGUUCAAACAAAGAUUUGUUCCUCAAGUUAUUGCAAGAACCAAAUUCUGUGUUCUCGAAUCAUCUAAAUGAACUACAAUCUAUUCCCCCACCUUCUCAGACGAAACGCAUCACGGUACUUAAACCAUCUAGAACAAUGGAAAAUAGCGGUUAUGUAGGAUUUGAAAGGAAGAGCGAGAAACCUGCAAAGAAACAAAAUCAGGUAGAUGAAGCAAAUGGAUGGAGUAAAAAAAAUCCUGGGUGGAGUUCUCCUUUCACCAAUCAUAACACUGACCAUUCUGCUCCACCAACCCGGAUUGUGGUUUUAAAACCUAGCCCCGGUAAGGCUCAUGAUAUCAAGGCUGUGGUUUCUUCACUUCCCUUAUCACCAAGACAGCAUCAGAGUAACGAUUUUGAUGAAGAACUUGAGAAUGAUGAGAUGCGGUCUUCAAGGAAAGUGGCUAUGGAAAUCACACUACAGAUGCGCGGAAGUGUAGAUAGCCAGCAGAAGGAAGAGACUGUAAAUUCUUCUGUAUUUUCCAAUGGAUAUGUUGGAGAUGAAAGCUCCUUCAAUAGGUCAGAGAAUGAAUUCAUAGAGGAGGGAAACCUCUCUGAAACAGAAGUUGUGACACCAACUUCAAGGUAUUCAUGGGAUUAUGGCAAUAGAUUUGGUAGUCCAUACUCUUCGUCCUCCUUCAGUAGAGCAUCCUUGUCUCCAGAAUCUUCAGUUUGCAGGGAAGCAAAGAAGCGACUUUCAGAAAGGUGGGCUGUGGUUGCAUCAAACAGAAUAGGUCAAGAACAAAGGCAAGUUAGGAGAAGCUCCAGUACACUAGGUGAGAUGCUUGCUCUGUCUGAUGUGAAUAAAUCAGUAAGAUCUGGUGAAGUUGGGUCUGAUGGAAGACAGUGUGUCCCAACUAGCAAGUCCUGUGGUGGUGAACAGGACCUGAGUUACCCAUUGUCAUCUUUGGCGAUCUUUACGGGCAACAUUCAUGGUGGGGAAGAUUCUCGUAAGAAUCUAGUAAGGUCGAGAUCUCUCCCUGUAAGUUCUACGGUCUAUGGUACCACGUUGGUGAAUGAAGUUUCUAAUCCUCCAGUUAGUAAAGCUAGUAUUUCUAAUGAAGUGUCACAGUCAAAGAAUGGGAAAUCAUCGUUCAAGGGGAAAGUGUCGAGUUUGUUUUUCUUGAGAAACAAAAAAACAAUUAAGGAGAAAUUGAAUGUAUCAUUUGGCAGUGGUUCUGACAAAGAACCUCAAUCUGCCAUUGCUGAACUACCAGUUGUUGCAAAGAAGUCCAUCCCUGAUAUUGCAAGUGACAUUAUUCCUCCAUCUGUAACAAACAUUGGUGCUGAAGGAUUCUCAGUGCAAAGUCCUAGAGGAUCCUUUUGCAACAACACCUCACCAGCUUCUGUUAUAGAACCAAAUCAAGGCAUCUUCUCCAAUGAGGCUGUAUCGUGUGCGUUUAAACCUUGGUUUUCUGGAAGUCGAAGUGAGAACCAGGACCAACCAAGUCCUAUUUCAGUUUUGGAAAGACCAUUUGAACAUGAUGUUAGCUCGACGAUGUCUUAUGAUAAUAUCAAAUCAGACAUCCAAGGUGAAUCUGCACUUCCUCGCUCUUUUAAGUCUAAUCUGAUCUCUAAAUCUCCACCAAUUGGAUCACUAGCUAGGUCAUUGUCGUGGGAUGAUUCUUGUUCAGAUGUAGCAACGACUGAUCCCCUUAAUUCCUGUCCACCCCUCUCUGAGGCAGAGGAAGAACAAGAAAGAUUUUUAUUUGUUCAGUCUUUACUGUCAUCCACAUCCCUAGAUUGGAACGGUCACUCUGAUAAUGUCUUCACCAGAUGGCAUUCACCAGAGUGCCCAUUGGACCCGUCCGUGUUGGACAAAUUUUUCAAUCAGGUAGAGGUCAAAGAGCAAACGUAUGGGGCUAAAUGCAGGAACAGGAAACUAAGAUCAAAUCACAAACUAUUAUUCGACUGUGUAAACACAGCGCUAAUGGAUAUCAUUGGUUAUGGAACAGAAACAAGUUUAUGGACUAGAAUGUCUAGUAAUUCCAGUAAAAGCCUAUCUAUAGGUGAAUCAGUGAUUAUGGAAGAAGUUUGGAGCCGAGUGAAGGAAUGGUUAUCAAACGAAUCAAAAUGUUUUUCAAGGGGAAAUGGAGACAAUAAUGGGUUGGUGGUUGAAACGGUAGUGCGAAAAGAAGUCGUAGGAAGAGGGUGGGUUGAACUUAUGAGGUUGGAAGUAGAUGGUAUUGGCAAUGAUAUUGAAGGAGAAGUGCUGGAAGAGCUAGUUGAUGAGGCUUUGUUUGACUUGACAGGUCGACUAUGUUAGAAGAUCAGGGUUAUUUUUUGCCCUUCAAUUAUUUGGGUUUAAUUUACUUACUCUGAUUGUUGUAUCAUUAUCAUCAUCGUCUAUCUCAUAAUUAUCUCUGAAGUCCCACUUUUUAUUUGUUUAAUGCUUCAAAAUCUGUGUAUGUAGUUAUGUACUGUUUGGUUUUGAUUUCUUUUUUUAAAUCAACCUUGUAUCAUUGUAUGUAUUAUGUCUCCGUUUUCCUUAUAACCUAAUCUGCCAUUAUUUAUCUUUUUAA